ACAGAACAAAACAUUAAGCACAGUAUUACGAUCAUCGCGAUGAUCCGGCCGCAGUAGCUGCACUGCCGUAUCGCUGGUGUUCUUUCAACGCAGUCGCCCGGUACCCCCUUUAUUAUGGUCGAUGGUGCCUGUGUGACAUCCGCAGCUGCAGUCUCGUGCUUCUUCUAUUGACGGCGCCCUCGCUCGUCGCCGCCAGGGUUGGUCCAGAUGGCGUCGUUCAGCAAUUUCGACGCGCCCUUCCGGGUCCAGUCGCAGCUUUUUCAACCCCCUCGCACACCCUCAUCGUCCUCGUCCUUUUACCCAUCCCCUGAGUAUAGCGGUACUCGCAAACGGCUGCGUCGUGAGGCACCCGACGAGCGCCCGCCCCUCUGCGACCCCGUGUCUUCUGUCGAACUGGAAAGCCCAGCGCCGCUAGUAAACACCGACUAUAUUUUGGCUAACGGUGGCGAGGACCAGCAGCGCCUUGACUUGAAGGAGACGAAAGAGAUCCUUGUAGAGGAGCUCGAUUACCGGCCCAAUCGAUACCGUGAAAAUAAUGUUCGACCAGCAACACCCAACCAGACUGCUGAAAAUAAAGACGUUGAAAAUCGCAAGCGCAGUCGUAGUGACGCGACAGAAACAGCUAUGCCAUAUACUCCCUCUGUGUCAAGCGGGACCCCAGGAUGGGGUCGCACUAUGUUUACCGUUGUUGGGAAGGUCUGGGACUUUUGCUGGACCAGCGCUUUUCGAGGCUUCUCUGCUGGGGGAGGCCAAGGAUAUACAGUAACAUCACAAUCAUCGCUGCAGCCGAUGACUGCAGAUACAACUACCUGGCAGAUGGUACAUCACCAAGACCAACCCAGUGCAUCAAAGUCACGUUCAAAGUCAGCGUCGACACCAAUCCCGGGCCAAUAUCCCGAGGACGAAGUAGAUGCUGAGCAAGUCCGGGAUCGAGAAACUUGGGUUCUCGUUCCCGAGUCACCAUCCACAAGAAUUUCGCCUUCACGAAGUGAAAGCCCCACGCAUUUUGCUCGCAAAGUCCCGCGACGGAGUAGUGCAUAUCGCCCCCAACCACGACGUUCGAUUGGCGGCCUUCCUCGAGCGAUGAAUAAGAGACCGACUCUAAAUCCUAGUCGUCCAUCAAAUGGGCUGUCAUUAUCAUCAGCUGCGCGUCCAUCCACGCCUACCAAACCACCAGUGAGUCCCACUAGGACAUCGAAUCAAAACAGCCCCGCUUCUAGAGAUGCACAACGAUUUGCAGCCAAGUUUCGACGGCGCGAACGCGAAGAAGAUGCUAGUUUCCAGAAAAUGAACGACCAGCUCAAGGCGUUAAUUCGUGAAGGUCGUGAAGCCCUUGGCUCUCGCGUUGAGGUUGAUGAAAUGGACCUUGACGAUGAGCAGUCGGGCAACCCUUGAUUUAAUUUCUUGUUUCUUAUUUUGUCCUCUCGUUAGCAACGAGGCUGAUGAUACCCUAUCGCUAGUCCAUAACACCACUACCACUUUUAUUUAUUUAAUCCCAAAGUCCUUUCACUUACAGAGAAAAUUGCUUUGCAUAUCAUGGCAACAGCAUUGCUUUUCGGCCUUCGCUACUGAAGUCACUACCAAGGUGUAUUUAGUCCUUAGUCUAGCUCUUACUGCGUGGGCAUCGCUAUGAUGACCGUUACGACACUGAAAUGACAAC